UACCCACAUUAUCUAUUUCUCUCUCUCGUACUUAUCAAUUUCGCAUUAAAAACCCUUGUUGUCUGUCCGUUGGAUUAUCUUUACAAAUUUUGCAUUAAAAACCCUUGUCGACUACCUAUUGGAUUAUCUUUAUCUAUUUCGCAUUAAAAACCCUCGUCGUCUACCAUUUGGGUUAUUUUUAUCUAUUUCGCAUUAAAAACCCUUGUCGUCUAGCGGUUGGAUUAUCUUUGGUGGGGACACAGAGUUUUAGAAAUGAUAGCCCCUAAACGAGAGGUGAACAUAUUGGACAUAUGGAUGGGCUCAAUAUUUUAAAAUCCACAACCAUCUCUAAUGGUAUCAAUUUUAUUUCCUCAUAUAUCUUUCCCUUCAUUCUGGAUUUUAUUGUUUAUGUUUUUUAUACCUUGUGUCCUCUAUUCUGUUUCAAGUAUCGUAGACAUUUUGAUUGGGGUGAAAUACAAAGUUGAAAUCGAAGCUACUUUCGAAAUUAAAUAAAAUAACAUCAUCAUUUGAAAAAUUUAUGAACCUUCAUUAUGCAUAUAUCAACGUUUAUAAUCAAUUCUUAACUAAUAAACUAAUUAGAUACUCUAAUUUGGUACAAAUAAAUCAUAGCGCACUAGUAAUUUUCAAGAUACCAAAUAAAUACAAGCACACAAUGAAAAUAGGAAUUCACAAAUACAAUAUGAUACCAAAAUUAACGUGGAAGAAAUAUUACAAUGAAUCAUUUGAGGUUAAGGAGAAGGAUAAAACAAUGAAAGGAUGCAAUUCCGCUAAUUUCGAACUCACUAUAUAUACUUACCUAUAUAGUUUAGCACGACACGUAUAUGUGGUAGUGUAAAAAAUAGAAUAGCAUGACACGAUAGGUACUAUAAAAUAACACUGCACAACACAUAUAUAAUACAUACUCUAAAUUUCAAAACACGAAAUUCCCCAAUGGUCAAGAACAUGCGAAAUGUAAGAUUGAAGCACGAUGAUGAAUCAAGGAGAUCACAUCCUACUCGAGGUGGAAGAUCCAAAAUCUGGAAUCAAGAUCAAAAUCAAGUUCGACAAGAUCGUCACAUGGUAUAAGAAAUUCAGAUUUCGGAGGCUGCCGGAGCAGAAGAUUCCGGCAGCGGCGGUGGCGGUUGCUCCGCCGUGGAUUGAUCUACCAUUGGAUGUGACGGCGGACAUCCUGCACCGGCUGGGGGCGGCGGAGAUGCUGGAGACGGCAGAGAAGGUGUGCAAGACGUGGCGGAGCGUGUGCCGCGACCCGAGCAUGUGGCGGGUAGUCGACGUCAAGAACUCCGGGUCGUGCUACGACACGCGCCGCCUCGGGAGCCUGUGCCGCCGCGCCGUCGACAGGAGCGGCGGCGAUUUGAUGGACAUUAACAUUGAGUAUUUUGGCAAUGAUGAACUUCUUCACUACAUUUCCCUAAGGUCAAGUAAGCUGAGACGGCUCCGGCUGUCGUGCUGCAGAAAGUUAUCCGGGAAAGGGCUGAGCGAGGCGGCAAAGAGUUUCCCGCAGCUACAAGAGUUGCACAUCUUAUUCAUGAACCAAAUCGACAUUGAAGACGUCGAGGCCAUCGGCCUCCAGUGCUCCAGCUUGAGGUCUUUUACGCUGAUUAAACACGAUGCCAUUUCCGGAGUCGGAAAUGGCAACGAUUAUUUAGUAGCGAUUGCAAAAGCCAUGCCCAAUUUAGUUCAUCUUCGACUUGGCUUCUUCGGCUCUACUAUCACAAAUAAAGGAUAUCAGGCCAUUCUUGACGGUUGUCCAAUUGUUGAAUCACUGAUAUGUUGGUAGUCUAAUUUGGAAAGUUCAUCUCAUUAUGAAUUACUUGGACGACAAAAGAGUCGAGAUGCGUGGACAGAAACUCUUGACAAAAUACCAAUAUGAUAUGUGUCAAAGAUGAAUGAAUUAAUAUGUAUCAAAGAAAUAGGUUAAUUUGAAAAUUAUGCCAUACUAUAAAAUAGUACUACUAUUAUAAAUUUAGUUUAUACUAGUACCAUAUAGUGAGAUCCUCCCACAGAGUUUGUUUCUCAUGUGAGAUUUGUUGAUUACUGUUAUAUAUCGACAAUUUAUCAA